AUGUCGGGCACGGCGUCGCCGAUAGACAUCGCCACGGCGAGGCAGACUUCUUCCUCGCCGCGGAACCAACAUUCCAACCUCACCUCUCAACUCCAACAUCCCAAGCUCGACGUCAAGCACGAAGUCAGUGAAGAGCGCUCCGACGACCUCGCGCCGCUGCCGAGGGAACGACAGGAAUCCAUCGCCAUGUUGGGCACGACGCCGUAUGGCGCGAGAGCAAUACCCGGCCGACGCGAGUCGCAUGCCAUGGGCAUGUCCGGCAGCCUCAUGGGCGGCAUGAGCUGGGGCGGCAUCUCCAUGGGCAGUUUCAUUCGUGACGACAUCAUGAUGACCGGCACCUCCCCUUACGGCUUCCAAUCACCCUCUUUCCACUCCUCCUCUUACCUGCCCAAGAUGGAGGCAAACUACAUGAAAGACUACAUCUGCUGCGACAUCCACCUCGACUCCAUGCACGAGCUAUUGCAACACUACGAGGAGGCGCAUGCGGCACAGCCCAACCAGACGAUCGGCCGCACGCCCAAGGAUCUCCAGUUCCCCAGCACUCGUGCGGCCAACGCCACGAGCACUGCGCAGGCCGUCCAGCAACAGGCGCAAGCCCAACAGGCCGGUCUCGCACAACAGAGUGGCGUCCCGCAAAUGUCGGCAAACCCCUCGCCGUUAUUCAGUGGCCAGUCACAUGAGCAGAUCAUUGGCACGUUCGACAACCUCGACGGCAUGGAGUUGGAGGACAACAUUCUCUCCCAACCUCAGGCGCAAGGCACACAAUUCCAGCCGCAACCGCAUUUUGGACGACAGCAGCCGCGAGGCGCUGGCGUGAACAUCAACCUGGCGAACGCCUUCCAGCAAGCUCCGGGCCUGAACUCCAAUGGUCCGACUACACCACACGCAACUCAACAGGGCUUCCCGAACAACCCGACCGUCUCCUCCGUCAACACUCCCAACAUCAGCACGCCGACAACUCUCUCCCAGCAGACCAUCACCCCGGACACCUCCAUCCCCAACUCCCCCCAAACCGUCCAAGGCAACCUGGACUACACCAAUCAAAUGGACCUGAACAGCCUCGACUACGCACAGCUGAUGCAAGGCGGGACCGACUUCAACAGCCUCAGCCUCAAUGGUGCAGCCAACACCGGUGGGUCCAGCGGCACCAUUGACGAUCCCGCAAAGCGGCUGCUGAGCAAACCAGGUUUUGCCAACGCGAACCGCUUCGGCGGAGCGCAAGCCAACAACAACGGCAGCGCCAACGCCAACGCCGGCAACAACUCCGAGCUCGCAAAGCGACUACGGGAACAACAGCUGCUCAACGGCCUGUCGGGUGCCGGCGGUUUUGUGGGCGAGGAAGUCAAGCCCUUCAAGUGUCCCGUCAUCGGCUGCGAGAAGGCGUACAAGAACCAAAACGGUCUGAAGUACCACAAACAGCACGGCCACCAGAACCAACAGCUGAAAGAGAACCCCGACGGCACCUUCUCCAUCGUCGACCCCGCCACCUCCAUCCCCUACCCGGGCACCGUGGGCAUGGAGAAGGAGAAGCCGUACCGUUGCGAGGUGUGCGGCAAGCGCUACAAGAAUUUGAACGGCCUCAAGUACCAUCGGCAGCAUAGCCCGCCCUGCAACCCGGAGCUGAAGGCGAAUCCGCCAAACCUGCCCAACGUGCUUGGCAAUGCGCAAAGCAUGGGGGUCAACGUUGCCGGUGCGGGUUUACUAGGGAUGAAUGACGGGAUGGGCUACUGA